AUGGAGUGUGAAUCGGUCGAUAGUAAAAAAUUGUACAAAGUAUUCGACGCGUCGAAGCGCAAGCGGGCUCGCAAGAAGAGGGAGGGGCAGGAUGAUUCAAACUCUGUAGCCACCGAUGAUACUGCAAGCGGCUGCCAAGCGAACUGCCGCAGUGCGUCGGCCAAGACCAGUCUGCAGCAUGUUCCGACCGUGCAGACCAUUAGCAUGAACAAAGAUUCACAUAAAAGGUUAAAAUCUCACAAACUGAAGCCUUUAGUAUUUAGCGUUUGUAAAUCUGGUAUUGGUUCCGAUGCUGACCUAAAGGAUCGUGACCGGGACCGGGACAGCAGCCCGGCGGUGUCCCCGUCGCCCACUGAAGCUCACCACAAGCGGUCGUCCACCGACACCCGCCGGAGGGAUGAUAUGUCGCUGGCGCUGAAAGCAGGGUUAAUAUCUCCGUCGACGUCUAUAUCACCGCGACAGGGCGGUUUGGACUCAUUAGUUCCUGACCAAGAUUCCAUCAUCUAUGCAUAUUUAGAGGAUGCUCUAAAGAAGGAAAAGAAAAAAGAGAGGCAGUCACGCAGACACGAUGAUUAUCGUUCGUGCCAGCGUCACCAGUCGGCGACUCAUCGGCACCGUCACCACCACCACCACCGCAGGCGGUGCGAGGAAGUCAACUCCAGGGAUAGAGACAAGUCUAAAGACUUAUCAACAGUCCCUCUUUUGAACCAAGCCAUCCUCUUCGAAACUUUUGCCAAGUUAUGCGCCCAGUUCAAUGAGAAAUCUGCAGCUCCAUACCCAAACCAAGUGAAACGUUCUCUCAGUCACAAAUCAUUGCAAUGCGAAGUUCUGUCUAAACAUAACUACCAAGACGUCGACCAACGGCCGACCAGGCUGCCCAAUCGAACGGAGGAACAGUCAAGAGACAACGUGUCCAGGAUCCGAAGCCAGGAGAACUUCCACGGGCGAAGCCAGGAAAGGGUGCCGAUGAACUCACGACCGGAUAGAAUCGAGAAACAAGAGAAAUGCGGCUACCCUCCGUAUGAAAAGGAUCCCCGUUACGUUAGCAAACUGGAUCUGACCAGUUCGAGAAUAAGGACCGUAGACGAUAGAACCUAUCAAGAAUAUUCACAGAACCACAUCCCAGAGGGAACCUGUCACGAUCAAUAUAGAACUCGACCUCCACAAGAGUAUAGAGAUUACCGGGAAUACGAAAAGGAUCGCAGAAACUACGAGGACAAACGAUAUCUUGAUCAAAGAACGAGCAGAAGCUUUGAUGUUAGAGAUCAUAGGGAUGGUUACCCUGAUGAUGAGAAAUGGCGAAGGACAGCUAGAAGCGAUAAUGUUAAGGAGAAGCGCUAUGAUCCAAGAGAUCGGAGAUAUGAUGAGAGGUAUAAGUAUUAUUAUGAAGAUAAAGUUGAUCGAGAACGAUAUAACAUGCCUCAAAGGGACAGCAGGCGGUCCAGGCGGAAUUUGGAGAGGUUCGAGAGGAAUUCUAUAGCUUCGAGGGAGGAUGAUUACAAAGAUAGAGACAGAUAUUCAGAGAAGGAGCGAGAUUCUGGGUUGAGUGUGGCUGACGGUGAAAAUAGCACCGUGAGUGGGAAGAGCAACUACCUUCGGACGAUGAAACAAGAAAUAGCGGAACAGCGGGAGGCGAUGGAUAAGAUGAUGAAAUUGUGGAAGGAACUAAUGCGGUGUUUUAAGGGGAUGACGCCGCAAACACAAGGGCAAGAUAGAGCUGUUCACGAGAACGCAGCAAACGUAAGAGAUUCUGCAGCGGCUCAGCUACGUCUGUGGCGCGAAUGUAUGAGGCGGUACGAGACUGUCGCUCGCGACGUCGGCGAUACGGACGCUAGGCUUAUGGAAGAAAUCAAUAAACAACGCUCCGAGAUGGCGGAAAUGGCGACCAUGUGGCAGGAGUGCCUGCAGCGGUACAGGGAGAUGAGCACAGACUUCAACAGCCUUAAACAACAAUUGACGCCUCCAGAGCCGGUGCGCCUGCCGGCGGCACCAGUCGCGUGCGCAGAGGGCGAGGGCCACGUGCCGCCCGCGGCGCCCUACAGGCUGCCGCCCACCUACCCGCCGCAGAUGCCUCCAGUGAGUGGCUACGGGUCCCCUCUGCGCCACAACGCGUCGGCGCCGCCCGCGUGGUGGUGGACCGACGCGCGUCCCUCGCCCCGCCGCCGCUCUUCGCCGGAUUCGCGGGGCUCGCGGGACCGGGACCGGGAGAGACGACAUCGGCAGAAGAAUAGAGAUGAUACCCGUUACAAAGAUAAACCUUCAAAGCCUAGUGCAGCGCGAUCGGAGCACAGGCAUAGAAAAAGAUAGCAGAUCUCUUCUACCCAAAUUCUAGUCAGAAUUAUAAAUUUUUAUCGGAAGGUAAACACAGAAUAAAUCAAAAUUUUGUUGUAAAAAUUCACAUUUAAACAUUUAU